AUGGAAGAUUGUAAAUUGGUGAACACGCCCAUGAAAGUUGGAAUUAAAUUGUCAAGAGAAAAAGAUAGAGAGACGAUGGAUCCAACAUUUUUCAAAAGUCUUGUUGGAAGCUUGAGAUACUUAACAUGCAUAAGGCCGGACAUAUUAUUUGCGGUUGGGCUUGUUAAUCGGUUUAUGGAAAGACCCACCAUAACUCAUUUCAAGGCGGCUAAGAGGAUUCUUCGUUACAUCAAAGGUACCCUUGAUUUUGGGUUAUUCUAUUCAUUUUCUAAUGAUUUCAAGUUUGUGGGUUAUUAUGAUACCGAUUGGGCCGGAGACUUGGAUGAUAGAAAAAGUACUUCGGGCUAUUGUUUUUUCAUGGGAAACACUGCUUUUACAUGGUAUUCAAAGAAGCAACCCAUUGUCACCCUCUCAACUUGUGAAGCGUAA